UUAAGGCUGUGGUACUCUGGACAAGAGUGCCACAGAAAAGACUUAAAGGGGAAAACAUCACCCUAGGCUUGACAGAUAUCCACAGAAGAGUCGGAAACUGCUGUAAGAGCCUGUGGAGGGCAGCGCUGUCCUGCUGGGGGUGGUGCGCUGUGAACAGCUCAGAGGUGCCAGCUGCUGAGAGUGCCUGAAAAGAGGAGGGAGAUGCCUCACGUCAGAGCCUCUUCAUCUGCAAGCAGCAGUGCAGGGAGCAGAGCAUCCUAUGAAACACCAGCACUAUCAGACCUCCAGAGGCUCUUCUGGUUCAGAGGAGGAUCUGAUAAUCACGUGGAUGAAGUCUGGCCAAACAUUUACCUGGGAGAUGCGUGGGCUGCUAGGAGCAAAACUACUCUUCAAAGCCUCAACAUUACUCAUAUCCUUAAUGCAGCAGAUGGGCCAUAUAGCAUCAACACAGGAGCCAAGUACUAUGAAGAUCUGCAAAUGGAGUACUAUGGAGUAGAAGCAUUUGAUGAUCCUUCCUUUGAUUUAAGUAUCUUCUUCUAUGAUGCUGCCAAUUUUAUAGGCAAAGCCUUAGCCACUUCAGGAGGUAAGGUGUUUGUUCACUGUGCCAUGGGGGUGAGCCGCUCUGCCUCUUUAGUGCUUGCCUUCCUAAUGAUCCACGAAAACAUGACACUCGUGGAUGCUCUGAAAACAGUGAGUGCUCACAGAGACAUCUGCCCAAAUUCAGGCUUCCUCAGCCAGCUCCGGGACUUGGACAUCAAACUAAAUGAAGAGAAGAAAGGAACCAGAGCAUCUGCUAAGAAAGAGCUGUAAGACAGUAUUGCUAAGAGGACAAAGUAUUAUUUGACUUUCCUGUAUCUCUUUUAAGUUAAUUGCAUUUAUAAGCUAAGGACAGAAGUUUGUGAUAGACCAGAACACAAGUAAUUACUGUAAGGGGAUUUUAUGUGGUCUUUCAAUUUCGCAGAGCCCUCCAAAAUUACACUUCUGAUUCUUUGUACAUUGUA